AACACAGAAGCUGAAGAGGUUUACAGGGUUUUCCCUUCUUGUGGUGCUUACGUUUCUUACAGGGGCGAAGACAUCCUAAACCAGAGGAAUGACUCUGUAGUUGUGGAGUUUCAGUCGUCAGCCAGCAGAUGCAGGAGUGCCUAUGAGCCAGACAGAAAUGUAUUACGGAGGAAAGAACGAGAGCGACGAAAUCAGGAAACUCAACAGGAUGACGGCACGUUUAAUUCUAGUUACUCCCUCUUCCGUGAGCCUUACAAGACUAACAAGGGGGAUGAGCUCUCCAACCGGCUCCAGAAUACUUUAGGCAAUUAUGAUGAAAUGAAAGACUUCUUAACGGAUAGAUCCAAUCAGAGUCAUCUUGUUGGCGUUCCCAAAACUGGGGUUCCUCAGACUCCCGUGAACAAGAUCGAUGAACAUUUUGUUGCAGAUUCGAGAGCCCAGACCCAGUCUUCGUCUGUCUGUAGCUCUGCAUCUUCCACACCAGCAGCUGUCCCAGUGCAGCAGAGUAAGCGGGGCACCAUGGGCUGGCAGAAGGCUGGGCACCCACCAUCUGAUGGCCCACAGAGAGCAACACAACAGGGCUCUCUCAGGACCUUGCUUGGAGAUGGUGUUGGCAGACAGCAGCCACGGACCAAACAAGUGUGCAAUGUGGAGGUGGGUCUUCAGAUCCAGGACAGGCCACCUGCUAUGGCAGCCAAGCACAGCAGUGGCGGACACUGUGUUCAAAACUUUCCUCCAUCGCUGGCUUCCAAACCCAGCCUGGUCCAGCAGAAGCCAACUGCAUAUGUGCGGCCAAUGGAUGGCCAAGAUCAGGCUCCUGAUGAGUCUCCUAAGCUUAAGUCAUCUACAGAAACCAGUGUGCACUGCACAUCGUACAGGGGCGUCCCAGCCACCAAGCCAGAGUCAGCCAGAACCAAGGCCAAGCUUUCCAAGUUCAGCAUCCCCAAACAAGGAGAGGAGAGUAGAGCUGGAGAAAGCAACAGCUGUGUUGAAGAAAUAAUUCGGGAGAUGACCUGGCUUCCACCACUUUCUGCUAUUCAACCACCUGGGAAAGUAGAACCAAGCAAAUUUCCAUUUCUAAAUAAGGACUCUCAGCUUGUAUCCUCCGGACACAAUAAUCCAAAGAAAGGCGAUGCGGAGCCACGGAGCCCAGACAAUGGUCCAGCAAAUACAUCAAUGCUAGAAGAUGACCUCAAACUGAGUAGUGAUGAGGAGGAGAAUGAACAGCAGGCAGCACAGAGAACUGCUCUCCACGCUCUAUCUGACAGCACCGUGGUCCAGCCGAACUGCAGAGCCUCUGUGCCUUCCAGCAAGGGCAGCAGCAGUGGCAGCAGCAGCAGCAGCAGCAGCUCCUCCAGCGACUCUGAGAGCAGCUCUGGAUCCGACUCGGAGACCGAGAGCAGUUCCAGCGGGAGUGAGAGCAGCAAGCCUCCGCACUACUCCAGCCCAGAGGCCGAACCGGCGUCUUCUAACAAGUGGCAACUGGAUAAAUGGCUGAACAAGGUCAAUCCCCACAAGCCUCCUAUUCUGAUCCAGAGUGAGAGCCAGGGGCCAGAGGGGAAUCAGUACUACACCCCCGUGAAAGACGACGUGCAGGAGUGUGGAAAACUCCCUGAUCUUUGCCAAGCCAGCCUGAGAGAGAAGGAAGUCAAGAGCCCCUGCAAGGAGGAGCAGAGGCCCCGGACAGCGAACAAGGCCCCGGGAAGUAAGGGGGUGAAGCAGAAGUCCCCGCCCGCGGCGGUGGCCGUGGCCGCAGCCGCCCCUCCGCCGGCGGUGCCCGGUGCGCCCGCGGAGAGCGCGCCCGCCCCGGCUCGGAGGGCGGCGGGCAAGAAGCCCACCCGGCGCACGGAGAGGACCUCAGCGGGCGACAACACCAACUGCCACCGGCCCGAGGAGCCCGCGGCCGGGGACGCUCUGGGGGCGAGCGUGGUGGUCCCCUCAGAGCCCACCAAGAGCCGGCCCAGCAGCAACGGCAGGACAGGCCACAGGAAGGAGCGGCGCUCCUCGGUGACCUGUGAGAAGCGCCGCACGCGGGGGCUGAGCAGGAUCGUCCCCAAAUCCAAGGAGUUCAUUGAGACAGAGUCUUCGUCUUCGUCGUCCUCCUCGGACUCUGACCUCGAGUCGGAGCAGGAGGAGUACCCGCUGGCCAAGCCGCAGCCCGGGGCCCCGUCCUCCUCGUCCUCUGGUGGUGACCAGAGGCUGAAGGAGGCUGCAAACAGCGUGAGCGGCGGGGGCGGCCCCCGGGCCCCCGUUGGCUCCAUCAACGCCAGGACCACCAGUGACAUUGCCAAGGAGCUGGAGGAGCAGUUCUACACGCUGGUCCCCUUCGGCCGGAACGAGCUCCUCUCCCCCCUCAAGGACAGCGAUGAGGUCAGGUCUCUCUGGGUCAAAAUUGACUUGACCCUUCUGUCCAGGAUCCCGGAACACCUGCCCCAGGAGCCGGUGGUCCUGAGCACACCAGCAGCCAAGGACGCAGAGAGCGCGCCGCUGCCCAGCCUCUUGUCGGACGCGCCUCCCGAAAAGACUUUGCCAAAAUCCAAGAGGAAACGCAAGUGUGAGAACGAAGAUGACCACAGAGAGGUUAAGAAGACCCAGACAGAGAAGGAGAGCGCGUCCCGCCUGACAGCUUCCGCCAGUAACGCUGUGUCUGCAAACCACUGCAGCGUGGGCAUUAGCAGCCUGGCAAUACCAAUAAAUAAAAAUGAAAAAAUGCUCCGCUCACCUGUCUCACCCCUCUCCGACGCAUCUAAACACAAAUACUCCAACGAGGACUUAAAUUCGUCCAGCAGGCCUAACGGCAACGGUCUGUUCACUGCCGCCUCCUCCAACAAAAAGCAUAAGGCCGAGAACCAGCUGCUGUCUCACGCAGGAGACCUGGCGAAAGCAGCACACAACAAUUCCGAGAACGUUCUCCUCCACAAGUCACGGCCACAGACAGAGCCAUGGUCUCCAGUCUCCAACGGGCACAGGGACUGCAAGAGGCAGAAGCUUGUCUUUGAUGAUAUGCCACGCAGUGCAGAUUAUUUUAUGCAAGAAGCUAAACGGAUGAAGCAUAAAGCAGAUGCAAUGGUGGAAAAGUUUGGAAAGGCUCUGAACUAUGCUGAAGCAGCCUUGUCAUUUAUUGAGUGUGGAAAUGCAAUGGAACAAGGUCCAAUGGAAUCCAAAUCUCCUUAUACCAUGUAUUCAGAAACAGUAGAACUCAUCAGGUAAGGAUUGUGUUUUCUUGCUGGGACUCGAGGGUGGGGGAGCAGGUGAGGAAUAUAUGUAAGUACUAAGAAUACAGAGAAUGUAAAUCUACACCAUCAGCCACCAGUAACCAGUGUUCAUCCCAAAAUAUACACAGUUAAGAUUUUGAAAGGCACUUUAACACACUCUGCCUCCUUUGCUCUCUUUGUGAGCAAGACAGGGCAGCUCCUAUAACUCACAUUGCUUCAGCGGGGCCAACACAUGCCUACGUCACCAAUCUAGGAAGUCAUGUUUAACUCAUUCCACCUCAGAGUUCCUUUUUUCACUGUGGUUCAGGCUGGUAUAAUCUAAAUCUUACUUCCAUCAAUAAAUUACUCAGGAGUAUUCAAUGAAAGGAAAGAAGGUUAGGGAGACUUUAUGAA